CGUGACUGUGGCGGGAAGAGCUGUCAGAUUUAACGAGGUUGAUUGAAAGCUGUUUAUUUUACUUUAGGAGUAAUGGCAGACCAUCACGAGCGGUUUGGGUAUCGACCCUCCAAGCCGGAAGACAUGUGAAUCCUCAAUGAUGUUUAAAAUUUUUCGUAAGAUUUCUAAAGAGUGAUUUGAAGCCUUAACAUGGCGCGUCAGUGGAAUCGAUCACAUUUCGCACCGCCACCGCCUGGUCUUCAAGAUGUAUUUCCGGAAGUAAUCCUCAUGGAACAUCUGUCACAGUUGAAGGCAAAUGCACAAAGCUGUGUAGACAAACAGAUGUAUGAACAAGCCAUCAGAAUCUACUCCCAGAUUAUGGGAAUCGUAGCCCAGAUACCUCAGCUAUGUCUUGAUGAAUUACCAAAGGCUCUCAGUAACCGGUCACUUGUGCUGGCGAAGAUCGGAGAUUUUAGAGGGGCUUUCCAUGAUGCCCACAAAUGCACUGUUGAGUUUCCGCGUUGGCCAAAGGGGCAUUGGCGAGCAGCAAUGGCUUUGAAGGGUUUGAAGGACAACUAUGCUUCCCUUCAGCAUCUGAGAGAUGGCUUCAACCUGUGUAUAAGUCUGGAUCCUGAAGAUAGGGAAACUGUCAACUUCAUGGUGGAGACCAUCAACACAGUAUGUUCAUUAAAGGAUGACCCUGCAGAUUUGCUAAGUACUCUGGAAGUGCCUUAUAACUAUCAUUCACUGCUCACACGUGUCGUACUACAGCUUUCCAAGUCCAAUCAGUGGGAAGGGACAAGCUUAUUGGUCCUAGGGAUCCAUUCUGGACUGUCUUGUCCCUGGGAAGGGAUCGCCAAGAACACACCAACACACCAAGUCACGGUUGCUUUUCUGGUAAAGUGUAUGUGGAAAAACACAAGAGAUCUGAAAAAGUGGGGUCACAAACUCCUGGUAAUGUUGUGUAAAAAUGGGGCAUCCGUCAACGUCAUGGAGAAACAACUGGAGACACCAGCCAUACACACAGGGUUACGCCUGGCUUUGGCUUCUGGUCAGGUAGAUUUCUUGAAGUACUUGUUUGAGAGUUAUCUAAAGACUGCUAAAGAGAAGGAUGCAAAAGAUAGUGGUGGCAGUACAGCCCUACAUAAUCUUGUGGUGUGUGGCCAGAUCAACACGACCCUAGGGGAGACAAUUCUCCGACUUUUCCUCAACAAUGGCUGCAGUACCAAAGUAAUAGACAAGUCUGGCAAAACACCUAUCCAGUACCUAGGCUCCAAGGACGCGGGCUACGCCCACAUACAGGCUGCAGAGAAAGCAGCAGUGGAGGAGUUAAGAAGAGUGGUGAUUGAGCUAAAAGACGCGGGUAACAAAGCACACAAGAAUGAAGGCUACCACAGCCAAGCGGUUGAAUACUAUACCCAAGCCUACACCAAGUGUAUUGGCUGUAACGCCCUCAAAAAUGAGGCAGCUAUUCUACUCACAAAUAGAUCCAACGUCCUUAGUGUGCAGGGAAAACAUAACGAAGCAUUAGCCGAUGCAGAAAAGGCUAUCGAGUAUGAUCACAAUUGGUUCAAGGGACACUGGAGGAAAGGUCAAGUUCUCCGAGUACUGGGAGAUUUCGCAGGGUCUUUUGGAGCUUUCCUUGCAGGCUUUGCUGUCAGUAAGGAUGUCACUGUGGAUCAGAGGCGAAGUUUCCUUGCCGAGGCUGUCAUAUCAUUAUCAUCAGUCAAAAACUUGGAGUAUUAUGACAAAUUAUCCAUGAAGCUGGAAGGCUACAGUGACACUGACUGGACUUAUGUGCUAGCCAGACUGUCCCGGGCUGGGGAAUGGAAGUCCAUCCGUGAUCUUGUCAUGGGAAGCGAACGAACACUCACACAUGCCAAGUCUGCAGGUUGGAAGUUUGAGGACGGCCCGAAAGGUUUUGGUGUGGCAUUGAAUGCACCGACAACAGGGAUGACAUUUUGCACGAUUUUCCCCUUUGUGCAAGCACACUGUGACGAGUAUACUUCCAAAUGGAUGACCAUUUUACUCAAGGUUCUGUUGGACAAUGGAGGAGGACUGCCCAACUUCCUCACUUUCGUACAGGAGGAACACGAUACGCCCUUACAUGCUGCAGUCAAGUACUCUCUGAUUACUGGACAGACCAUGCUAUUGGAUGAUGUUCCACUCAUGCCCGUCGGCUCGUUGAUUCGCGAGAUGGUAGACAAGCGUGGUGACUCCGUCUUCCACAUAAUUACAAAGAACCCACAGACCAAGGAUAUGGAGCACAUUCUAAAGGUCACUCGUCUUCUGCUUGACAAGGAGUUCUCAGUCAAGGUCAAGGACAGAAAUGGCCGCACGCCGAUAGACUACGUCAAGCAAGGGGAGAAAGAAGCGUUGUUUGAUCUUCUGCUCAAACAAUACAGUAAAGAUAGGCCAUCAGGGAAAUCAAAACAGAAAUCACCAGCUCCAGCAGCAAAUCCACUACUGCAGGAAAUCCAACUUGGUGAUCCAAAGCAGCUACGAGAACUUGGCAACAAAGAGUACACAAACGGGAACUAUACAGCCGCUAUAGAGUUGUACUCAUUGGCAAUCAAAGCCACACCACAGACAGAAAACUGUGACCUGUGCAAGUUGUACGGGAACAGAGCUGAAUGUCAUCUUCGACUUGGUCAGUUCCAGAAAUCACUUGAAGAUGCCAUGGAUGGAGUGUCCUAUGAUGGACAUUGGUACAAGGCCCAUCUAAGGGUAGGCAAGGCUAUGGGAGCACUGGGAAGCAAGCAACAAGCUGUGAAGGCUCUUGUCAAUGCCUUCUCUUCGCUGACUGCCCAGGAAUCGGAAUCUGUACGAAGAGAAGUCCUGGUAGAGCUGGCCAUUCAGUAUGCCAAACUGGAUAAAUUCAAAUAUAAUGAAAGGAUCCCUGGACUACAGAAUGUGCCUGGUGAAGUUUGGGCCAGAGCUUCCUAUGACUUGGUUUGUAGAAAUCAGAAUAAUCCUGCCUUAGUCGCCUUCAAACAGCUGAAAAUGACCAUUGGGACGUUCCCUCCCUUUCACAUGAAAGUUGACCUAAGACCUUUCUGUAGCCUUAGUCGCCUAGCAACAGAUGAGUGGAUGCUGGAACUUGUUGAACUGUUCCUUGCAUGUGGCAGUGACCACAACACACUAUCAGUCCAAGCUGGUGACCGGUACAUCCACGCCGUGGUCAAGAUGACACUUGCAGCAGGUGUGAUUGAUCUGCUACCAUUUACCCUACACACCAUUGUUAUACGAUCAGAGGAACAAAACCUGCUGGAUAGCCAUGGCAACACAGCACUUCACAUAGCGACGCGGGAUUCACGCGCCUCUCCACCCUUACGUUUGAAUGUUAUCAUGGAGCUACUGGACGCUAAUAUCAGUACACUGCAGAAGAAUAGUGACAGCAGACUGGCAGUGGAAUACGUGUCUAAGGGGGAGAGCCAGCUACUGGCUGUCAUCUUCGAGUACAUGAAGGCUGAAGAGGCUAUGAACAGACAGAUGAAAAUGCAGCAUACCGCAAUGUCAAAUGCUCUGCAGCAGAAAGCACAGCAGGACAAGUUGGAAAAGAAGAGACUAGAAAAACAGAAGCUUGAGCAACAGCAAAUAAAAGAAAGGCAGGAAAAGCUUGAACGUCAGGAACGAGAGAGACAGCAAAGACAACAGCAGAAACAGGCAAAGCCCCAAGUCAGUCGUCCUGAGCCGGUCCAGUUUGACCACUGUGAAACUUGUGACCAGUACAUGAACGAGGGUAAAGAACAUCUUAGGCUUAAACGUACUGGAAAGGCGUACAUACAGCUGUCCAAAGUCAUACGAAAGAAACACAAAGGUAGCAACAACAACCAACAUCAGAGACUUGUCAACGAGGCUUUGGCACUGGUCACAAGGAGUCUCAGUACCACCUUUAACCCUGAGAUACCAGAAAAUUUGGCAAGAAUUCCUGUGGAUUUUUAUCAGAAGAUCAUUGAUGGAUUGGCAAAGGAAGAGAAAUGGCGACAAGUUGACAUCAUGGUUCGAGAGAAUCGGAAAUAUCAUGGGGAUUUAUCUCUGCGAGAUUUUGCUAAAAAUAUCAACAUUUCGCGCGUGAUCCGUCAUCCAUCCUUUCUCAAGCAAGAUGACCUUCUUGCUCAGCUCAUUGACAACAUGUUGGACAGUGGGGCAAUCAUGGAACACGAGGGGAAGAUGUGUAUUCUUGCUGCGAUCCAAGAGGAACAUUUCAAACUGCUAUGUACACUGUUUGAUAGGGGAGCUAAGCCAGUGUAUUUGUCCCUACAGCCAGGAGAUACACCGAUUCACGCCGCCUUGUCAGUCGCCCUGGAAAGAGACAAAGGCAAUUUUGCUAUCUUUAAUGUUCUUCUGGAUAAAUUCAAAAGUGACCCAGAGAAGUUUGCCAACUUGGACCCUAAUCAACAGGACGCUAAUGGCGAUGGACUCUUUCACCUCGUAGCCAAGAUGAAAUACAACAGCACAACUCAGAAAGCCACUGAGCUACUGUGUGAAAAGAAAAUUUCUGCACUUGUGUACAACAAUGAAGGAAAGCUGCCCAAAGAUUAUCUAAUCAACAAAAAGAAUGAUCGAAGGUUGCAGUUCUUCCGACUAGCAUCUGUUGAAGCAGCAGCCAAAAAGCCGAAGAAGCCCCGGCAGAAACUGUUGGAGGAUGGCAUGCUGGAGGAUGAGCAGGAUCUCCUUCAAUAUGAACGGACAGAUGAAGCUCAAGUUUCUGAAGUUCCAGAAAAACUAACACGCAAGGACAAGAAGUUGAUAUAUGCCAAGUCAUCAACACAUCGAGACACGUCCAAGAAGAAGAUUGAGGAGAUGAUCUUCAACUUACCAGACACUCCUUACUCAAUAUUCAAUCCUAAAGUACCAAGAAUGGAGGAAAGCUGGAAGUCCAGGAAAUCAGGGGGAGGCCAAAAGGGAACAAGAUCGCCUGACACAAAAGGCACUCUCAAGGUGGAGAAUCUGGAUGAAACAUCAAAUGGAACAGAACCCUCUAUACCAGGGGAUGUAGCCACUGCCACGCCCCCUCUACAGAAUGAUCAGGUCAUGGAGGAAGUGAUCAAUGGGGAGGUAUCACCGGAGGACGAGGAUGAAGAAGAAGAGGAAAAGGAGACAUAUGAGGUAGAUGUGCAGGCGUUUGACAAUUUGGAUUGGGAAGUGGAAUGUACUUCAGACGUCUGGAGAACCCUCCGAGACAACCAUGUCCUGCCCGAACUGAAACAGCGAAUUGUCCGUAAAGUCCAGCAUCUGGCCAGUGGAGAAUGGCGGCGGUCACUAUGUAAACCUAUUACUGCCAGUAAGAUGCCAGAGACUCUUCGACUGUUUGAGGCCAAACUGUCCAAGGGAGGAAGGAUAAUUUGGGAGCUUGCCAUUGCAUUCUCGCCACGGUUGAGUGAAUCCGCCGAACGUCGUUUGAAUGCUGAGGAAGAAGACUCGGCAGAUCUUGCCGUCCAAGGAGGAAGGAUUUAUUCGGAGGUGAUCCGAGUUUGGGACAUCGUGUUCAAUCACGAUCAUAUUUAUAGGUGUGUGGAACGCAUCAUCAAGUCACACAAUCGCGGUGAGGAGUGCAUCAUACAGAAAAAACUCAAAGGAGUAAAACAGACUCAGUUCCAGGAAGAGGGAGGAAAGCGUUACCCAAUGAUAUUUGCCGAAGCUGAUGUCGGAUUGAAGGAACAGGAUCUGAGGGAGUACCAACAGGAACUACAGAGAUUUUAUCCGCCAGCUAGUAGCAAUGAUACUGAGUACCACAUCCUCAAGUUCUACUCAUUUUCCUCAAAUUUAGUCUACCACGUCCUACAGAAUAUAGAGACAAAGGUAGACUUUCCAUUCCGCGUGACUGACCUGGAGCAUGCCAUUAUCAAUCUGAGGUCUCAAGCACCCAUCCUGCUGCUGGGCCGAAGUGGGACAGGCAAAACAACCUGCUGUCUUUACCGCUUGUGGACACAGUUCCUGUCAUAUUGGACCAAGGCAACACAGGCAGAGGCCCCACUCCUUCCCAGGUGUCCUAUCUACAGGAGACAGGAAGAGGAAAGGGAAGAAGAUGAUGAGGAAGGAGAGGAUAAUGAAGAUGAAGGCCAAGAGGCAGAUGAUCCUUUAGAAGAACUCCUUGGAGCGACAGUUGGGGCUGAUGGCAAAGUGAUAGAGGAAAACGGAGAAGAGAAAGAAGGACAGAUCUAUGACCAUCUUCAUCAGAUCUUCAUCACAAAGAAUGCUGUUUUGUGUAAUGAGGUGCAGAAGAAUUUUCGAGAGCUGAGCCAUGCAUGUGCCAUCGCAAAGAAUCAUGUGGAGGUUGAAGACCAAGUGCUGCCCCCACGUCUACAGGACAUUGAUGACUAUCGCUUCCCACUCUUUAUCACUUCCAAACAGCUGUUGCUGAUGCUGGAUGCAUCUCUUGGACCACCAUACUUUUUCGAGCGUGGGGAGGAUGGAGGACUGAAGGUUGAUGUGCAGGGCUGGACUGAUGGUGAGGGAACAUUGAGCAUUCUUCCUCUUCUGGCCGAAGAUUCUGAUGAUGAGGAUGAUGAUGAUGGACAGUUCGAUGAUAUAGAGGAUGAUGAUGAUGAUGAAAGACAACAGGCUGCCAUAAAUGAAGUGAAAGUUGACCCUCGAAGAGAGAUUACUUACGAUGUCUUCAGCAAGGAAAUUUGGCCAAAAAUCUGCAAGAAAUUUAGUGGAAAAUACCAUCCUUCACUAGUGUGGACAGAAAUCAUGUCAUUCAUCAAAGGUUCAUUUGAGGCUCUAUCUAAACCUAAUGGAAUUCUACAGAAGGAAGAGUACUUUGAACUUGGGAAGAAACGAGCUCCCAGUUUUUCUGGCAGACGUUCUGACAUCUAUGACAUCUUCAAGCGAUACGACCAUUUCAAGAAGCAGAAGUUCCUGUUCGAUGAGACGGAUUUGGUUCGGUCAGUGUACAAUCGCUUGAAGAAUGAGACGGACAUUUCAUGGGUUGUCCAUCAGGUGUUUGUAGACGAAACCCAAGACUUCACUCAAGCAGAGCUCUGUCUCCUCCUUCGAAUCUGUCAGGAUCCAAACCAGAUGUUCCUUACCGGGGACACAGCUCAGAGCAUUAUGCGUGGAAUAGCUUUCCGCUUCAGUGAUCUCAAAUCCAUCUUCUACUAUGCUAAACAGUCGUUGCAAGCCAAUGGAAAGGUAUCAAGUAUUGAAGUCCCAAAACGUGUCCACCAGCUUACCCACAAUUACAGAUCUCAUGCCGGUAUACUCUUCUUGGCCUCGAGUAUCCUCGACCUCAUGGUUCGCUUUUUCCCCGAGUCUUUUGACCGUCUACAAAAAGACCAGGGCCUGUUCAAUGGACCGCCCCCAGUGUUGUUAGAGUCCUGUAGUUUCAGUGACCUGGCCAUGCUGCUGCGUGGAAGUCGUCGAAAAACUUCGCACAUCGAGUUUGGGGCACAUCAAGCGAUUCUAGUGGUGGACGAAGCAGCCAGAGACAACAUACCAGAGGAGCUUCAGCUGGGACUUAUCCUGACCAUCUAUGAAGCCAAGGGACUCGAGUUUGAUGACAUUCUGCUCUACAACUUCUUCAAGGACUCGCAGGCUGUCAAGGAAUGGAGGGUUGUCACAGAGUAUUUGGAAGAGCUGGUGAUGGGAACCAAAGGAGCGAAGGGAGGCAGCCUGCCAUCACACCAGGAAAGUUUGGUAGAGAUUGACGCUGAUGUGCUACAGCAGACGAACCGACCGAGGGCCCUAAAAUUUGAUGCCAGCUUGCACAAAGUGCUCAACUCGGAGCUUAAACACUUAUACACGGCCGUGACUCGUGCACGUGUUAACGUGUGGAUCUUUGACGAGGACCAGGAAAAAAGAGCUCCAAUGUUUGAGUACUUCAAGGCUAGAAAACUAGUCAAGAUCCUUAACAGCACAGAUGUAGAUGAAGAUAGUCCAGAAACCAUUGGCGGCAUGUUUGCAGAGGAGUCCAGUCCAGAAGACUGGAUUCGACGUGGGGAUGACUUCAUGAAGCAUGCUUUGUAUGAAGUUGCUGCAAAGUGCUUCAUUAUGGGAGGUGACCAUCAGCUACACAAAGUGGCCCUAGCUCAUCAACAAGCUCUGAAAGCCUCUCGCACAAAGGACAGUCACCAGCACAUGAGAGAUGAGUUUCUCUUUGCUGCCGAGAUGUUCCUGGACUGCAGUCUUCCAUCACAGGCAGCUAAGUGUCUACAGAAUGCCCGGGAGAGAGAGCUUGUUGCUCACUUGUUCGAGAAGAUUGGCUGGCUUGAAAGAGCUGGGGAAACCUACAGAAAGACAAAACGUCCAAUUGAAGGCAGUCGCUGUUAUGAACAGCUAGGACAUUUCAACCUGGCUAUUGAUACUCUCUGUGAGAAUGAGUUCUAUGAUAUGGCCAUUGACACACUGUGGAGGUACAACAAACUAAUAGAGGGUCUGCGAUCAAAAAACCAGGCUGUUCCUGCUGUGUUGUUGGAUCAUGCUCCAGAUAAACUGCGUACACGAGAACGUCUUAGUCACAUGGCCGCUGAGUUUCACCAUAGGAACAACAAUGAGGUCCGCAUGAUGGUAAACCUUGAGCGUUUGGAGAGUCUAAAUGACCGUGUCACUUUCCUCAAGAGCAAAGGCUACUUCGACCAGGCAGGUGCACUUCUUCAGAAGGAAGGAAAGUAUGUGGAUGCCACACACCUCUAUAUUGUCCAUGGAAAGACUGGAGAGGCUGUGAAAACCGCCAGACAAUCUGCAAUCAAAGAUCUCAUAGGAGAAUGUCUCAUUGUGGAUGCUCAGGUGAAGUUGCGUAAGAAACCAGAAAAUAAACUUUCUGAUGAAGAAAGGCAAGCUCAAAAAGAGGAAAUUAUCCAAGCACUUCAAGAAGCAAUUGAUAUCUUACUUCAAACUUCAAAUUCAGAGCUCCGGGGUGAGGCUUGCUUCUUGAAAGGGGAAAUCAGUAAUGAAGUAACAGAUAUCAAUGAAUCAUGGGGGGCAUUCAACAAGUGCACCCCAAGAUGUGAAGCAGGACAACUUGAGUGUAUGGACUGGAUGGUACACAACUCUGAUCUUCAUAUCUGGAAGAACCUUUCACAGGUCGUGAAAGGAAUGGAAAACCUGUUUGGAGUACUGAACCUUCUGGUGUCCUCCGACAAAGUCGGUGGUGAUCGUAUUUUCAAGUACUAUGGAUUGAGGCCAACAUCCGAUGGAUUCCUGAAAAUGUUCCCACUUCGAAAACCGCUUGCUUUGCAAAUCAUGAAAGGCUGCAUGAAAAAAGCAGAACGAAAAAAAACUGAGUAUGAAGUUGCAAGACAGCAAGCACGGGACGAAAUUUGUCGGUUUCUUUUGGACCGUGGUCAUUCCUGGUACUGUGCGGUAACACUAGCUCUUAACAAGCUUAAGAAACAACGGGAGCAGUGCCGAGAGUUUAUUCUAGGCUUUAACUGCACCAAAGCUACAGAUGGAGGCAAAUGUCUCGCCAGACAUGAUGUCAUGACAGAAAAAGCUCUGAAAAGCUUGCUUGAUGUUGACCUGCUUCACCUAGAGAUGGACUGGUAUGUUCAGCAAGGUUGUGGUCGUCUGCUUAAGAAUAUUACUUCAGAUCUCACUGAUUUGGUGAAUGUCUUUCUUCCAGACACCAAAGAUGACCACUUGGCCCGCUUCAAAUCUUGUGAGGCCCUACUUCACCACUUAAUGCCACGUGAACAUUUCCCGUUCAGGAUGACAGAAAUGGGACAAUUGCAAGCCAAUAGAAUCCAGGAUCACGUUAGUAAAAUCCUCGUAAAUAAAACACGUCACUGCAGAGAGCACUUCAGAGAGCGGAAGUAUUUGAAAGAGCAUAUGGUUUGUUAUCUAAAAGCAAAAUACACCUAUAUGAAGACACAGGAAAGGAAAACCAACACCGAUGUUUUCGUGAAAUUGUACUUCCUCGCAAAUUAUCUCCAGUUGAAAGAUGUUGACACCGGCCGUCUGAUGAUGCAGUUUGAAACAGAGAUUCAAAAAGAAUACCUCCAGAAAAACGAGUCGAAGAUCAAGAAACGAUUGGAGUCAUUCGGAUUUCUUGUUGAUGAUAAACAAACGCAAAACGUGUCUGUCCAAUGCGUGGCGAGACGUUUCUUCGAGGCCUAUUACCAACUCACUGUCCCAUGCGAUCCGCUGGAGGCCCUCAUCAAGUUCACAAAGUUCAUCGUGAUCCUUGGAGAUAGGAACAAGACUGCGAUUCUUCCAGAGUUCUCAGAUUUUCUUAUGUGGACUGAAUACUUCACAACCAUUGCAGUCUGUUUUGGAGCAAAAUAUAACCAGGUGACAGAUGUUUUCUUUCUGCCUGCGUCAUACAUAAGCCUUGUAUACUUCAUUGACUCAAGCUUCAAGGACAACGGGCAGCCAACAUUUGAGAUCAUACAGCGAAACAAGACACCCUGGGGUAAACAUCGAACCCUCAGUCAGGACAGAGCCGAAAGGAUAAUUAGUAUUCUAUGUGGGGCAGAGAUUCGAAUGAAUCUAAUUCGACACUUAUUCAAGCCACGUGAUGACCGUGAUUUGGACUAUGGCCUUGCCGAGAGACUGUUGGUUUUGUGCAUGACAGUCCUGUGUAACAUGGGGAAAGCCCUGUUUGCCCACAAGGAGUCCAACCUGAUGCAGCAAUUGUGUCUGAUUGCUCUCCCAAAAGAUUGUCCUCCACGCCUGGUGAAGGCUGUGCGUGCUGUACAAGAGGCAGAUGGAAUAUCGGACAUUGCAGCAGCGCUGAAGGAACUUCUUCAGGAUCGAGAUAAGGAACAUGUAUGUCUUUGUCAUUGGUCAGCCUCCGACCGUUAUGGGAUUAGAUCAACCCCCCUUGACAAACUGGCUUUACUUCCAUCCAAGUUUUUCAACUCGGAUACAAAGAAAAAGAUGGCAAACCCAGGGCAAGGGAAAGCGUCCGCAGAGGAAGAUGAAAAUGUGUCAGCUUCCUCUCCAGCUGAACUGGAAACAGACAUGACGAUGGAAGAGAAGUAUAAGUGGGAGAAUGAAAAGAAAACGUAUGAAGAGAAUCAGCAAAAGGAGAAUUCUGCAUUGAUCAUUACCAGGUUCUUCAGACAAAUUCGCUUUCGACUGCAGUGCUCUAUCCUCCAUUCUCUUGUAGAGGAGGAGCUACUAAAAGAACAAAGUGAAAAACGUCAGAAGAAGUUUCUGCAAUUUGGCAUAGAUGACCGUGCUUGUACAAUCUGUGAUGUCACUUUCGACAAACCCCCUGGCAACCUUGUAGAGGGGAGGAGCUAUGCGGCAUCGCUUUUAACCACAAACCUUGGCAGUAACCAGAAAAGCCCUUUCCCCUCCAUCAUGAAUCCCUUCUCUGCUUUGUUCAGUAAUAACAGUGGGCAAACAGCCAAUGUGGAGGAGCUGCCUAAAGUCUCUGAGAUGUCAGUUGACCUCGCUGAACCUGUGGACGAAACAGGUGACAAUCAAGCUUCAGAGGAAAGUAAAGAUUCAUGGCGAGUAAAACAGAAGUUAGAACAUGAAGAAAGCCAAGCACACUUGCGCAACAUGCAAAACUUCAAGCACCUCAAAGUGACUUACAAAACCCAAAUAGCAGCAAAGCAGGAGGAAAUCUUGGAAUUCAUUCGGAAACAUAAUCUCAGGACGGAGAAAGGUCUUAAGAAUUAUGCUGAUAUGAAAUUGGAUUUGGGUAGGCUAGUCAGCAAAUCAGAUAUGACUCAAAAUGAAUUUGAAAGGAUUCUUGCUAAAAGAGAUUGGGGGAACCUCACUAUUCUGGUGCAGCUUUUCCAUGAAACGAAUGGAUGCUUCUUGGAAGUGAAAACUUAUGUGGAAGAGCAAUGGAGAAAACUGCAAGAGUCCAAGGAAAGAAAUUCGGAAAGCUCUAAAGCCUGGAACAGUCAAACCGUCCAGAAUGAAGAUUGGGAGGAUGAACUUCAGACGCUAGAAGAUGUUGUCCAAGAACCCGUCCGUCAGAGAGAGAAGAAAGGAAAGGGGCGGGGCAGAGGCAGGGGUAGAGCGAGGCAAAAACAGCAAGACGACUGAAUGAGGGGAUCAUAUUCAGAGAAUAAAAGGGGAUGGUUAAAUAUUGUUCCCGGGACAGGACAGAAAUAAUAAAAUGAAGGAAAAGAAUGAAAGAGCUACAACGUAUCAUAGAGGGAUAUACAUUAGAUAUAAAAAAAAAAAGGAUGUGAGCUGAAACAGGUCACCAGCAGAGCUAAGUAUCAAAAUUCGGGGGGGGGGGGGGGCGGCACGAAAUGUAGUUGAUGAAAGUGGCAGAGAUGGGGAUGAGAGAGGCAUAUGCAAAAAAAAGACAAAUUGGUAGGGAAGACAAAUUGGUAGGGAUGAGGGAGGUGUAAAAGUGAUUGAAGACGACAAUACUCAUUUUGCAGGACAACAAAACUGGGGACUGGGGCACAGAUAAGCAAAAUGGAGAUAGCCAGAAUGUAUGGUAAAAAAAGGACUAAUAAAUAAAAAUAAAUCAACUUGUAUCAGACAUAGGUAAUCUUUGGGAAGUGCUUAACCCUUGCCUUUGUAGUAUUUUGAACUUGACUUACCCAUCACCUAUAUACCAUCAACUGCUUCCUGUAAUAAUAAACUAUUAUUUCUACCUGCAUGGCUUCAAGAAAAGCAUUUAGAAUAAUUCAAACAAUUCAGUGUUAUAUGUACCAUAAGUUGGGCUUUAAAGAUAUUUUUUAGUAUCGUUUUAUUCUUAUUGACAGGUCGGUACCAUGUUUAUGAAAAAACUUAUUUAGUGCAUCACAAAUCAUAAGGUUAAUACUGAACAAACUUAUGUUAAAGCACGUGAAGUUGUUUAAAACUUCCGACUUCACUACAAUGGCAUUUGUCAUUCAAAACAUUAUUAAUAAUAUCAAAAGCGUUUAAAAUGCACAGGCAAGAUAAAAUGUAUUUCCAAUUCCACCAACUAAGUAAGUUGUAUUGAAGAUCGUGUAAUUUGUCUUUCGAUAUUUCAUUACCAUGUUAAUAUGCUGGAUUAAAAAUCAAAACAUAGUCUAAAUAUAUUAGUUUGUCAUGUAGUCCAAGUAUUUUAAGCAAUUGGUAAUUUGCUGAAUGAAAAUGAGACAGAAAUCAUGAAAACAAUUAUUUAAGCUUCUGAAACAUUGCAAUGCACCAUCAUUUCAAUUUUACAUUUGUUGUAAUAUACUUGCAAUAAACCAGUUUUAUAUUGUGACAUUCCUAUAUUUUCUUUUAUUAUUAUUUUGGUAUUUUUGGAGUAGAUUUUGUUAUUAUAUGCAAUCAAAAGUGCCAUAUUAUAGUAAUUUACUUCUUCACCAGCCAUUGUUGGACACCUAUUUCACAUUUUGUGUACAUUGUGGGUAAAUGUAAGUACACUGUACUUCCCCUUGUUACAAUACAGACUUUGAUUUUAGGACCAUAUAAACUCUUGUUCAGAAAGAGUUAUUUCCCAGGCAACAUUUCACAACUAAAUAAUGGAAGUUACAAUGAAAUGGUGGUUCGAAUGUCUUAACGACCUGACGUUGUAAUUAUAAAUCCUUAAUUAACAAAUAUAUCCGUUGAUACGUCCACCAUUUUCUUUUGUUUCAAUAAAUAAACAUUCCUGUCUUGGAUGAUUUGUUGGGAGAAAGCUUUUGUUUUUGUAACAAUGCCCUUACAAAUUUUGGCGUGAUAUUGUAAUUGCUUUGACGUAUGACUUCAUUUAUCUACACAUGUAUUAGGGAAUGUUGUUUUUGUGGUAUUCUUUGUCUUUGUACAUGCCUUUUUGUUGUCUGUCGAUAACAAAUCAUGUUGUUUUUUUCAGAAUAAGGAUGACGAACGAUUUCAGGAAAUAUCAGAAGUAUAAUAUAAUAGUAAUAUUAUAGUACUAUUUUGCCUCAUUUGAUUACUUGAAUCGUACGUUGGAGACAACGCAAUAAUUUGGUAAAUGUUACCCAUGUACACAUUACACUGAAGACUUUUUCCAUUAUAAAAUGAAACGUUAGUGAAAAUAUAAUUUUGAUCUUUGUCAUGUAUACCCAUAAUCCACCAUGAUUAAGUAGUCAAAAUAUAAUUUUGAUCUUUGUCAUGUAUACCCAUAAUCCACCACGAUUAAGUAGUCAAAAUAUAAUUUUGAUCUUUGUCAUGUAUACCCAUAAUCCACCACAAUUAAGUAGUCAUUGGGUAAUUUUAAAAUACAUCAUAAUGAGGAGGUGAUGUCUCAAUAAAACAAACGAAACCUUCCUCGUGUCAAUGUGUAAAGAUACCAUAUAUAUGUAUACAAAUAUAUGACUCCCUAUCUAAUAGCGUAAGAUAGUUUCUUAACUAUUAAGCGCCAUACACACUAAGUUCCUAAAAUAUCAAGCGCCAUACACACUUAGUUUCUAGAAAUAUCGAGCGCCAUACACACUUAGUUUCUAGAAAUAUCAACCGCCAUACACACUUAGUUUGUAGAAAUAUCAAGCGCCCAACAUACUUAUUUUCCAAAAUUUCUAGAAAUAUCAAGCGUCAUACACACUUUAGAUAUCAAGCGCCACACACUUAGUUUCUUAAAAGAUCGAGCAUCCUAGAAACUUGUACAGGACCUACUGUUUUCUAAACCGAAAGAAAAUCCUGCUUUCCGACAAUUCAGUCCCUAUCAAAAUCAUAGCUUCUAUUUAAAGUGUGAACCACCCGUCUUAAAUCACAUGAUCAAAUGAAUCUCUUUCUGGUGAAAUUCUGCCACAUUCAAUCUACUGUAUUUGUUAUGAAAACCAAUACAUGUAAUUUCCUGAAAAUUAUAUUGUUUCAUGUAAUUUCAUGUAACAUCUAGUCCCAUUGAUAACCCUUGUUGAGAUUGUAGUUUUUAUAACAAAUUAUUAUUUUGUAUGAGCAGAUGUUAUUUUUCCAAUUUGAUUUGUUUUUCUUGCGUUGUAUUUGAACAUUAGAAAGGUUUCUGUUACUACCAUUUGCAGUCUGAUGUGAUUUUAUCUUCCUUAUAUAAACUGUUUUCAUGAUUUGCUUUUGACGAUAGUUUUGAAUUGACUUAAAUAUAUGUAAAUCAUUACUUGCAGAGUUAGUGCUACAAAAUACAUAAGUAUGUAAAUUCUUUUGGUUGAUCAUAGAGAUGUUAUUUGCCUUUUAGACAUUAGUUGAAAUGUGAAUAUUGUGAUAUCAAACUAUCGAAGAAUUGACAGAUUUCUUUCAAUUUGUGUCUGAUUCGUUGUAACCAAGGGAUAUAUUUUUUUUGAAGUCCUCGAGAUGAUUUGGUGAUUGUAAUCGAGCUGCUGUUUAGGCCAAUGCUUUAUAGAGUUGUUUAUAAGUGCCGAAUUUACUUUUAUAUCCCGACAAAACGACUUUGUAAAUUACUUUUAUGCUGUUAAAUAAAAAAAGUUUGAUAUUGUC